CAUUUAAUCAACUGCAGUUGUGAUGUUUUAUGAUAAUGAAGCUAACAAGAUGAAUUGUGCUUGGAUUGUUUUUGUUUUCGUGGCCACUCUGGUCGUCAUGUUUAGGCACACAUCAGGGGAACUGACGCUGGAGGAAAUACAGAAAGCAAACGCUAUACUGAUGAAGCAUUGUCAACCCACGACAGGCGUCAGCGAUGAAAUCUUGGAAGCUUCGAUGAAGGGAAAUUUCGCGGAUGAUAGAAGCCUAAAGUGUUACUUGGCUUGCAUGAUGGGACUGUCACACACACUGAAGAAGGGGCAAUACAGAGCAGAGCUUGCAAUAAGGCUUGCAGAUGACAUUUUGCCGGCGGAAAUAAAGGACCGAGCGCGGGUCGUGGUGGAGAAAUGUCGCAACGCAGCAAACGGUCUUACUGACGAGUGUGAAAUGGCCUUCGCUAUCAAGAAGUGUGCCUAUGCGGCUGAUCCCGAGAUAUAUCAUGUCCAGUGAAUGAAGAAGGAACGACCCUAUGUGUCCUUACACUAAAUGCACAAGUACCUGGAUUUCUGUACACACUGAAUCGGAAAAUAAAGAAAUAUGCAUGCUA